ACUCGACGGUGUCCGUCCGGGGGAGAGGAGGAGAGGACCGAGGCGGAAGCGGAAGGGCCGGCGCUGCAGCAACCGAAAGGCAGCAGAGCCCUCAAAAGCUCUGCGCUGCGCUGCAGCUUUCUCGGGCCGGAGAAAAGCCGAAACAAACAAACCAACGAACACGGAGAGAGAGAGAGAGAGAGAGAGAGAGAGAGAGAGAGAGAGACGGGGGCAUCGGAGGGGGAGAAGGCGAGGGAGAAAGUGAGCGAAGGCGCUGUCGCUGCUGAGGACAUGCUCGCGGCAGCGAGGCAUGCGCGCAAACCAUAGGGGGUGUCAGGGAGAGCGCGACCACUUCUCGUCCCGGUCCUCGCGUGCUCUGCUACCGGGUUGGCUUGGCUGGCUCGUAGGGGCUUCCGCUGCGCGCGGUGGUGUGUGAUCGAUCCGUAAGCCGCUGGUGCCGGCGAUGGACGCGCAGCAGCUGGAUUUGUUCCUGCGUCACCAGAGCAUGGCCAACAUCUGCGAGAGCGAGGAUGCGCUGGGGUCGUCGGAGUCGGAGCCCGCGAGGCCGGCGCGCCCGCGCGGCAAGAGGAGCCGCGCCGCCGAGGUGCACAACCUCUCGGAGAAGAGGAGGAGGAGCAAGAUCAACGAGAAGAUGAAGGCGCUGCAGACCCUCAUACCCAACUCGAGCAAGACGGACAAGGCCUCUAUGCUUGACGAUGCCAUUGAGUACCUGAAGCAGCUUCAGCUACAAGUGCAGAUGUUGUCUAUGAGGAAUGGCCUGUAUCUACCCCCAGCAAACUUAUCUGGAGUACCUGAGGCUCUGGCACCCUCAGAAGUGUGUGCCACGCUUAACCAAAGUGGUGUCAAGGCAUCAGAUUCUGGGGUUGCCCUACUUCCUGUGAACCAAAGUUCUGUAGCUCAUCAUUCAUUUGAUCCACCAAAUCAUGACCAACGGCAUAACAAAUCGCUUGUCUUGCAAAGUGUCCCUACUAGUUCAACGACCAUAGCUCGAUUCCUUCAAGAGCCAGCUCAGGCCAACCUUCAAUCCUUUCAGCUAGCUCUACCUCCUGAGGAGGACAUGAUGUUAAAGCAUCACCUAACUUCCGUUCAAGAAACCACGUCUUUACCAGGGCAUGAGCUCAAGCUUGCUAGUCAGGAAACAUGUAUGGUUAAUUCUGGUCGUUUCGAUAGAGGUUCACAAAGGAAAGAAGUAGCACGGGACAUGAUGCCGAAAAACACUGAAAGUGUACUACUUAUGCCAUACUUGCACAGCUUGCAAAGCGGUGACGCCAACGGAGGUCUGAGGGCAGAAUCAAGCUAGCUGCAUGAUGGAUAGACUGUUCUGAAUGCUUUUCCCGUUAGGAUGCUUCAUUUUGGCAGGACAUGCAAGAGUACUAACUAGGAGAAGCAAGUUCCCGCGAUCGUCAGUCCCACCUUGUCGAUCUGAAUGUUAGCAGCUAUAUCAGAUUGUAGUCUGAUAGACUAACUUGUAAAGAAAGGCCUCAGUCAACUUGCAAAUAUAUCCACUAUGGACCUAAGGGAUAUAUAAUCAUGCAUAUGAUGAAUUAGUAAGGCCACACUGAGCAGUAAUUGGGUGACUGGAAUGCCUGGCCAUCAGCCCAUCCCAUACUCCCACUUCUGUGAUUCUGAGUGCCUCUUGAGGUAUCCGUAAUAUAAUGCUAUCGACAUUUGCAGUGAUUAAAUCGGGAUAAACCUGGAGUUUUGCAACGGCACAGGCAUGGCCAUAUAAGAGACUGGAUGCAGGAUCAAGGCAAGCUGGAGACGUGCCUAGCAACCUGAAGCAGGCAGAGGUUUUUCUUUUGGGAAUAUUAGAUUUGUGUCACUAUCAAUUCCAGCAUCAAUAUUUGCAUUGCUUUUGUAGUAUUCUCGGACUCAUGCUGCAUAAAAUUUGUUUCAUUUAUGCUACUGUUGUACCAUUUCCAGUGGUAAGGAUCAAGCAAGUUUUGACGCCAAAA